AUGUGCAGCCACGCUGGCAAAGGGUACUCGCCAUACGGCCCACCCCCACCCCAAGGACCGACAAAUGGUAGCGUGGAGGCCACAAAUCUCGAUGAUGCUGCCAAGGCAAGCAACAAGCAAGCUGAACCCACCCCAGGGGAGAAACGGGUGCCCGAAAAUGUUGAUGAUGCUGCCUUGCCGGAUAGCCAGCAAGGCGAGGCAUUGAGGAAAGAUGGCCCACCCCCGCGGAAGACAAGGGCACGCGAAAAUGUCGAUGAUGCUGCCUUGGUGGAUAAUGAGCGAGGCGAGGCACUGAGGAAAGGGUACACAUUGGUGGACAUUUUUCGUGAGGCGAUGGACAGCCCAGAGCCACAGUGGAGACAGCCAAUGCCCCCCAGAAGUUUGAAUUUGCAACCUAACAUUGCACAAAAGCUUGUGCAAGAAGUGGACGAUAAGACUGCUGUUCCGAGGGCAUCUGGCAACCACAUGUGUGGGGUGGAGGAAAGGGAUGCCCUGCCUUGGUCGCUUGAUACUGAGGACUACUACGCCUUGACCUGGACUCCGAGUCCUCCUGAGACCCCUAGUGAUAUAGGGUGGGACAAUGAUAUGGGGUGGGGGAAUGUUCUGCUGGUUCCAUCUGACAGUGAAUCGUCGGAACCAAGGUGGCUGUAUUGA